GAUCUUGAAGAUAAUAUUUUGAACAUUAAAGGUGAUCAUUGUCAUCCACCUGAACCAGAAGAAAUUCAAAUUCGAGUGUUCAAACAAGUUGUUAAAGAACGUGCUAUAAGUGAAAAUACACCUAUUCCACAAAUUUAUGAUGAGGAAGCAGCCCGAAUCAAUUUAUCAACAUUAGCAAUUGCUGCUUUACCAUCUCAGGGAGAACUUGGUAGUACAUUAAAUAAAGCACGUCGUCUUCAAACACCAUCAAUUCCUAAUUCUCAGCUGUUUGAUAUACCUCAGUCUUAUACUAAAACUUUGAAAAAUUUACCUUUUCUUUUGUAUUUUGCAGCGUUUGUGUGUGUUUUUGCUCUGUUGUCUGAUCGAAAAAAACCUACAUAUAAAUAUUUAUUUCAUGAAUUACGUAAUAAAGCUGCUCAAUUAAAUAUGACUUUUAAUCCAUAUACUAUUAUGUCAGAUUUUGAAGGAACAGUAGCUGAAAUACUUAAAAUUGAAUUUCCUAAUAGUCAACAUGUCGGCUGUUUCUUUCACUAUACGCAGUCUAUAUAUAGAAAUUUCCAACAACUUGGAUUAUCUUCUCAAUAUGCUGCUGAUGAUGAAAUUAGAAAUACUUGUCGAAAACUUAUGGCACUUGCUUUAAUGCCUAUUUCAUUAGUUCUACAAGCAUAUGAUGAUCUUCAUGGUUCAGUUCUUGAAUCAUCAUCAACAACAUUUGAUUCCCUUAAACCUC